AUGUCCGACUACAGUGAGACCCUUGAGAGUGCAGGAACUUACACCGACAUGUUGCAGACAGAUCCUACAGAGUACGAAGAUGAGAACUACAGUUCUCCAACGGAAUUAAACCUUUAUGAAAACAACUUUGUGUAUCUGGAUCUACAACGGCCAAUCGACCAGCAAUCACCUUUGGCAUUGUCAUCAGAAGAGCCCAAAGUUGCUUUCGAGGAGAAACCGCUCCUGAGUGUCCGCAUUCCCCAUGAAUGCACAGGCAGCCAGGGUACAGAAAAUAGUUCAACAUCAGCUUCGAGCAGACCACGGCCAAAUUCAAGCGGAACCUCCAAGGCGAAGCGAACCAGAACCGCGUAUACCGCACACCAGCUUACACAAUUGGAGAAACAAUUCCACACUGAGAAGUAUUUGUGCCGACGCCGACGCAUCCUAAUGGCACAGGAAUUAAGUCUCACGGAACGCCAAAUCAAAAUCUGGUUCCAAAACCGGAGGAUGAAGUAUAAAAGGAAGAGAAACAAAGAUUUAUAA